AUGGGCAGAAACCCUAGUAGUGGUAAAGAUGGAUUGAAGUUCAACAAAGGAAUUUGGUCGGCUCUUGAAGACCAAAUCCUCGUGGAUUACGUCAAAGCUCAUGGUCAAGGGAGAUGGGGCAAAGUUUGUACAGAAACAGGCCUCAAGAGGUGUGGAAAGAGCUGUAGGCUUCGGUGGUUAAAUUACCUAAGACCAGAUAUCAAGAGAGGAAACAUAUCGCUUGAAGAAGAAGAGCUCAUCAUUAGGCUCCAAAAGCUCCUAGGCAACAGGUGGGUUCUUAUCGCAGGAAGGCUUCCUGGCCGAACGGACAAUGAGAUAAAGAACUACUGGAACUCCUCCAUAAAGAAGAAGCUAAUCCGAGACAACGACGACCCACCAACGAACUCAAAGUGCGAGGAUAAGCUCAACAAGUCCUUAAACGAGACCGCCCCGACCGAAUCACGACACGACACCGAUCGUGACAGUGAGCCGUGUGAUUUGGAAGGCGUUGCUUCCGGUAGAAUGACGGAAUCUGUUGAAGGGAAGGGUCGGGGAGGAGAUUGCGAGGACGACACGAUUUCAUGGGAGAACAUGAAGAUGGACCUCAAUGUGGAGGAUAUGUGCAUGUCUGAGAAUCAUUCCUCGGCGCUCUUUGAAGGCAAUGAAGAUGGAGGGAAUCAAAACGGGUGGAUUUCUGAUGAAAUGCUGUCUAAAUGGGUUGCUGAGUUGAUGGGGUGA